ACACAAAAAAACAUUCACAGACACUAAAUCAAGCGCACCUCCCCUCAUUGGUCCAGUCGAGUAGUUAUGAAACUAAAACCACGCCUUCAGAUUGUAUAGCUACAAAAGUUCUGUCCGGAAACUGAGACCGAUCAUACUUCUUCAUUAAACAAAGUAAACUAGUAACAGACAUCUUCUAACUAUGACUCUAAAUUUCACAAAAUGUCAAUCUGUAGUAAUUACUGGGGCAAGCAGAGGUCUCGGUCUACAAAUGGUGAAAGACCUGGCGAGAAGCACCGAGAGACCCACAAUAAUAAUAGCGACUGCUCGCAAUCCAUCCGCAGCACAGGUAGGAGAACAUCAUGUUCUACUUGUUUUAUACAUUUCCACAUAAUGGAAAUACACGUGUGAGGAUUCGGCUUUACUGUAUACCUAGGGAUACAUAAUAAAAGUUGAUCUUCAUUUCAGGAUCUUCAAAAUAUUGCCACGUCCUGCAAAGGUGUUCAUAUUGUACCACUUGGUGAGUUGCAUAGCCUACAUCAUUUUUAUAACUUGGACACAUAAACUAGGGGUGGUGUGAUGCUGAUGCAUGCCACAUUUUGUUGUGUAAUCGGUAUAUGAUCCCAUGUGACCCAUAUGCCUUGCUUGCUAUUCCACCAGAUAGUGCAAGAAACACUGUAUUGGUUUUGGCCCUGUGUUCCUCUCUGGCUUUUCUCCCUUCAAACUUUUGGACUAACUAAAACUUUGAUUACACGCUCAAUUAAUUAUAUGUUUGUAGUACUCAACAGAACAUGAUGAAAUGCCAAACUGAAUUAAACCAAUAAUGUAAAAGUAAAUUAAACCAAUACUGGAAAAGAAAACCAAGGAACAAAACAAAAACUAAAUUAUGUUUGUUUCCUGUGAAGAACUUCCUUUUUGAAUGGUAAUGCAUCUAUGAUCUCUUUCGUAUCAGAUGUUGUCAGCCAGUCAAGUAUAGACUCAGCUUUCCAAGAGGUGUCAUCCAUACUGGGAAGCGAUGGCCUAAAUUGCCUCAUAAACAACGCAGCCAUCAAUCUAUCCACUGAUCUGAAGACAGUGACACCUGACGCCAUGAUGAAGACUUUUGAGAGUAAUACUGUUGCCCCUCUUUUUGUCACCAAGGUAAAUCAAUUUGUUGCACCUCUAGAAGAGCAUGUAUGAGAAACAUCUCCAUUUUGUUGUAGCACAGAGGAUAUUUUUAAACAUGCCCAAAUCACACACAUUUAUGAAAGGUUCCCUACUUCAUAAGAAACCUGUAUUCUCGCAACUAUCUCUAGAUCACAUAAUGUUGUUGUUUCUUGUAGGCAUUUCUGCCAUUGCUACAGGCAGCUGCUGCACGGAGCACUGGAAUGGGGAUCCAUAGAGCAGCUGUGAUCAACAUCUCUUCCAUACUGGGCUCCAUUAAGGCCAACUGGGAGGCCGGAGCAGCCUUCAAAAGCUAUGCCUACAGGACCUCAAAGGUGAACAGCAACCAUAAUGAGCCAUUUCAACAAAGCCCAUAUAAACAUUACAGACCAUCUCUGGUUGCGAUAUUGAGCAUAGGAUGUUUGGGUGUGACGAUAGUUAAUCUGACUGUUCUUAUGUGUACAUAUUCAUUACAUGUCAUGUCCAUCUCAUUUUGUUUCCAUAUGCAGGCUGCCUUGAACAUGGUGACAAGGUGUCUGGCCACUGACCUGGAAUCUGAAGGGAUUCUGUGCAUGGCUCUUCACCCUGGCUGGGUGCGCACUGACAUGGGUGGCCCACAUGUGAGUGUCCAAUACUCUCGGUUGAGGCGUUUUAUGGUUGUGUCCUUAGAAUACAUUAAAAUACAUUGCUGUGUAUCAAAAUGAGUUGACAGUUGAUAUGCUGCAUUUCCUGUCUCUUAUGGAUCAGGCGGAUUUGAGUAUGGAGGAGAGCAUAUCAUCUUUGCUGUCUGUUAUCACUGAUCUGACAGAAAAUAAUCAUGGGGGAUUCUUGGACUACUCUGGAAACAAGCUACCAUGGUGAAGCUCAACUUGGAGACAGUAACUUGUAGAAUGGGUUAUGUGCAGUUGUGCUGCUGGUGCUGUCGACAGUUCACUGGGACAAAACACUGAGCAGAGAUCACAGAAUACAACGACCAACUGCGACAUCAUGCUAUUAGGUUGCUCAGCAAUCUCUGAUUCCUUUGUAUCUAGUUGGUGUGAGAGAGAAGCUGGAGAUUUGACAUUUUAAAUUGGAGACUUUGUUUCAGCUGAGUGGUUUGGAUUGUUGUUACACUUUCUAAGGUAAUAUCAUUGCAUACAAAAUAUACACUGUAUAAUACAUAUAUAGGAACAACAAUGUUUUGCCAUUCAAAAGUUUUAUUCAAUCAAUUUCUUUCAAAUUAUAAUAAGAACGUGAUUAAUCUGUAUAGUAUAUUGUUGUUAUGAUGACACCAGUAUCCAGUAUAAUGGGAAAUGUACAGAUACUGUUGUUUGUAGGCGGGUGAGGUGUAGAGAAGAGAUCACUAAUUGUUGAAGUCGAACUAGGGCUGACCCAUCUCUUCUGAUGUGAGAGAGGAAGGUAUGGUAUCCAGAGCCCCGAUUUCUGCAAGGUAGAUGACAAAACAUUUGAGUGAGCACAGUCAGAUGGUUAUAACUGAUUAGGACUAUGCUAGUAUUUGUUCUGUUACAAUGUUUUAGCUACAUAUAGCCAGGAAUCUGACUAUAAAUGUAAUCUGUAAAUAAAUAUUAAAUACAAUCAUUAUCAGACCAAAUGAAAAACUUGAUUAUUUUACUAUUUUUGGAACACGUCAAAACGCCUGAUUUUUAUUCAUGAAAAAAAUAGAAAUCAAGAGAAUGCAGUCAGUGUUUUUGCUGUAAUUAAUUGUUGUAAUAAACAUGAAUAACAGACACC